CCGUCUUCUUUCUGUAGCCUAUCCAGUGAUCUGCAGAAGGGGUGCUGACUUGUAUUUCUCCUCCUCAUAAGUAGGGUAAACACUCAAGUGCAGUUAUUUGGAGCUGAGCACGGACCGAGAUGAAAAUGAAGCUGCUGGCAUGCCUUUUUUGCGUGGUCUUAUUGACCUUCUGCACUGAUGCGAGCCCCGUCGUUAAGGAGAGUUUUGCAAAGCAGCUACUCCGCAGCAAGAGGCAGAAGCCUGGACACCCCGACGAGCCUAUGAGGGAACACAUGCUGCAUCUGCAGAGGCUGGAGCAGAGGGCUCGAGAGAGCAGCUUGGAGCACUGGAUGAACCCUCACUGCUUCCCGCGCUGUGACCGAAACUACGGCUACCCCGUGUGACGGCCUGCUGGGAAACAGGACGAAGAAAGAACUCCGGCGAUAAAUAUCAUGAAAUGGAUCGUGAUGAGAACGAAAAGACCCAGAAACGUCGAGGACAAGGACACGACAUCCACGAAGACACACACACACACACACACCUACCGAUAGUGUAGAUGCAUUUAGAUGAUAAAUCUUAGAAUCGUUAGAUGAUUUCUUUCUUCUUCUUUUUUUUAAUAAAAAUGCGUUACGGAAUUGCAUUUUGAAUAAGAGUGAAUAAAAUAAAAACGCAGUGCUCUAAA